AUGCACUGCCCUUUUUAAGAGAAGGUAGCACUAACUGACAUCUUUGCUUAAGUUAAAGAUGUAGAUGAACAAGUAUUUGGCGUUAUAUUAGCAAUAUUUCGAAAGGAAAAAGUUUAAGACUGCAUUGGAUAUUUUUCAGAUAAUGGAAAUCAAGGGCAUUUUAAAUAAUAAAUCUUACAAGGAGUGAAUUUAAAACAAGUUGAGAAUGAAUAGAAAUUGUCUGAUUUUAGAAAUAACACGAUACAAAUUACUGAUGUUUUAAAAAAGUUAAAAGAUCAUGACUUCAAUAGCAAAGACUAUUCUAGUGAAGAAUAUCAAGAUUCUAAAUUAAGUCUAAUUAAAAACAUAAAGGAUAAUAUAUAGAUCACAGAAUUUUUGAAAUUUUUAGUUCACCUCACAUCUAUAGAUAAAACUUUAAUAUAAUGUGGGUCUAAUUCAUUAAAUAUAUUAGUUUAGAUGAAGUUGGACCUUAGAAACAAAAAUUUUGAAAAUAUUAAGAUCUAAAAUACUUCUUUGGUAGGAGCAAAUUUUGCUCAAUGUAAUUUAAGUGGAUCUGAGUUUAAUAAUGUUAACAUAGUUGGGGUGAAUUUGAAUGGAGCAAUAUUAUUUAAUUGUAAAUGGAUCAACUUGAUAAUCAAUAAAUAAAACAAAUUAGAUGGUCAUACUAAGUCAAUCAACUCAGUCUGUCUUUCUCCUGAUGGAAUUACAUUAGCUUCUGGUAGUAAUGAUAAGUCUAUCCGCCUAUGGGAUGUCAAAACAGGAUGA